UCACUGACUUGUUUUCUUCUGGCUUCUGUUUUGGCGUCGAAAGAACUUUCUCUUUCACUCUUGGUUUUGGACGAGUUGGCUUACGUUAUAUGCCAAAAUGGGCACAAAAUCGGCACUCAGUUUUCAACGGAAAAAGUGUUUAAAAUGAAGGGCGUUUUUGUUUGGCUCAUAUUGUGUCUAUGUUUCGAUCCUGGUAAUGAUGUUGUUGAUGAUGAUAGAGAUGAAGUGUCACUGAUGGAGGGAGAUUCAGUCACUCUACACACUGGUGUUAAAACAAAUCAACAAGAGAGAAUGACAUGGUAUUUUAAUGACACCCGCAUCGCUCAAAUCACUGGAGAUAAGAGUAAGAUCUGUACAGAUGAUCAGUGUAAAGAGAGAUUCAGAGACAGACUGAAGCUGGACAGUCAGACAGGUGAUCUCAUCAUCACAAACAUCAGAACUACAGAUGCUGGAGUUUUCCAACUUCAUGCAGUCAGCAAAAGAAUCAUUCAAAAGAUCUUCAAUGUUACUGUUAUUGAUGUGUCUGGUGCAGAAACGGAUCAAACAAAUACCAAGUCAGUGAUGGAGGGAGAAUCUGUCACUUUAGAUCCUGGUCUAGUAAAAAAUCCAAAUGAUUCGAUGAGAUGGUUUUUUAAUGAUGAUCUCAUCGCCGAAAUCACUGGAGAUCAGAGUAAGAUCUGUACAGAUGCUCAGUGUAAACAGAGAUUCAGAGACAGACUGAAGCUGGACAAUCAGACUGGAUCUCUGACCAUCACAAACAUCAACUCCACAGACGCUGGACUUUAUAAACUACAGAUCAACAUCCGCAUCCACCCUCACCACAGCAUCAUCAGUAUUAGACGAUUCAGUAUUACUGUCACCGGUGUGUCUGGUGUUGAGACCGAUGGAGUGUCAGUGUCAGUGAUGGAGGGAUAUUCAGUCACUCUACACACUGGUGUUGAAAAUAACCAUCAGGACACAAUGAGAUGGUAUUUGAAUGACUUUCGUAUCGCUGAAAUCACUGGAGAUCAGAGUAAGAUCUGUACAGAUGAUGAGUGCAAAGAGAGAUUCAGAAACAGACUGAAGCUGGAUCAUCAGACUGGAUCUCUGACCAUCACAGACACCAGAACCACAGACUCUGGAUAUUAUAAACUACUGAUAAGCAGCUUAAAAAUUAUUCAAAAGAUCUUCCAUGUUGCUGUUUAUGAUGUUCCUGCUGAUGAACGAGAUGAAAUGAAGAGAAAGUCAGUGAAGGAAGGAACAUCUGUCACUUUAGACACUCAAGUAAUAACAAACCCAAAGGAUUUUGUGAGAUGGUAUUUUAAAGACAUUCACAUCGCUGAAAUCACUGGAGAUCAGAGUAAGAUCUGUACAGAUGAACAGUGUGAUGAGAGAUUCAGAGACAGACUGAAGCUGGAUCAUCAGACUGGAUCUCUGACCAUCAAAAACACCAGAACCACAGACUCUGGAGUCUAUAAACUAAAGAUCGUCCACAGCAUCCGCCGUCGCCACAGCAUCAGCAUCAUCCGCAUAAAGAGAUUCAGCAUUACUGUCAUUGAUUCAAUUCUGCCUUCAGGAGUUAUAGCAGGAAUAUGUGUUGCUGUUUUUUUGCUGGUGGUUUUAAUUGUCAUUUGUGUAAAGUGUUGUUGUUGCGGCCAUAAGAACAAUGAUACAUAACAAUGAUGUAUUGCAAUAUAUACUGUGUAAAAUUACUGUCUAAAUUAACAGUGGUGUGAAUUCAUUUGUGUAUCAGCAGGAUGCUAUGUCCCCGCUUUAGUGUCAUGGUGUAACAUAAAUGUACACUUAAAGAGUUAUCAUCACUGUGUGAUGGAGAUGAUUCACCUUCACCAGUGUUUCCGUGGGUCCUUAACAAUGUUUAAAUUGUUGUAUGUAAUGUAAGGACAUAAAGAGUCUUAAAACAAUACAAAGUGAAUUUUUUCACUUUAGAAAAAUCUUAAUUACGAUUUCUGUGGAGGUAAAAUGACGUCAUAAAGAUUUGCAUACGCAGGGUAAUAUUUGCUGAACUGUACAUAAGACUGUAAGCUUAAAUUAAAUUUGCAUGCGCAAGAGAAGCUUAGUAAAGGUGUAAAUCGCGUUUCAAGCGCAAGAAAAAUUGAUUUGCAGCAUUUUACUGUUACUUGUAAGCGUAAUUCAUGUAUUGUGAAACUGCAGCUUCAUGCUGAAGCAAAAUAAAUAUGAUCUGACUUCUGACUUCCAUUUUUCUGCGCUUACA